AUGUCCGACGCACAGAUACCAUUAUCUGAUGUCACAGAGCAGCCCGUCCACAACUGGUGUGGAACAUCACUGCUCCACCAGCAUCUGCUGGCCACAGUUCCAGGAUACAAAUCAGCUCGACAGUUUGUCGAGCACUUCAAUCGUGUUGCACUUCACGCACCUUCUUUGCGGACAUCAGUCUUGCAAAUUCCUGUUGUCGUCCAUGUUGUAUGGAACAAACCAGAACAGAACAUCAGCCAGGCGCAAAUCGACAGUCAGAUCAGCGUUCUCAAUGAAGACUUCAAUGCAGCAAAUCCUGAUUUGGUCAACCUGCCGGCCGCAUUUAGGCCGCUGGUGGGCAAUCCUCUCAUCAGAUUCUUCCUAACCAAACGAGAUCCCAACGGCAAACCAACGACCGGGGUGACACGUACUCAGACAGGAAUUAUAUCGUUCGACCACAACAGUGCUACCGACCCGCCCGACCAAAGGGUGAAAUUUACUGCCCAGGGCGGCGCAGAUGGGUGGCCCAGCGACCGCUACCUCAACAUAUGGGUCUGCAAGCAGGGUGGCGUUAGACCCUUGCUAGGCUUCGCUCAGUUUCCGGGACUCCCAGCAACGACAGAUGGGGUAGUAAUCUCCCACACUGCUUUCGGAAAAGGGGGAACAGCUACUUCUCCGUUUGAAUUAGGCCGUACUGCUACCCAUGAAAUCGGUCAUUGGCUCAAUCUCUUACACAUAUGGGGGGAUGAUGAUGGGGGCCCGGCUGGAUUACUCUGCUCAGGUACAGAUCUUUGCAAUGACACACCAAACCAGGCUGGCGCGAACCGCGGAAGCCCGACGUUCCCACAUAUCACAUGUGGGAAUGGACCUAACGGCGACCUUUUCAUGAACUAUAUGGACUACACUAACGAUUCCACGACGAUAAUGUUUACCAAGGGUCAAGUUGUCCGCAUGGAUGCAACUCUGUCCGGACCCAGGGCCUCGUUGGUAGGAUCGAACUUUCAGAACUUUCUCUUACAUACUGGUACCACCCUACAUACUACUGAUGAAACCUUUGCCUUUGCAAUGGCCGACUGGAAUGGAGACAGCCGUCCAGAUCUAGUCGCCAUUAAGAAGAGCAACACUGGCACAAAUACUACUGAGGUACAUGUUCUAUCUGGGGCAUCAAACUUUCAGGGUUUCCUCUUACAUACUGGUACUGCCCUAUAUACUACUGAUGAAACCUUUGCCUUUGCAAUAGCCGACUGGAAUGGAGAUGGCCGUCCAGAUCUAGUUGCUAUCAAGAAGAGCAACACUGGUACAAAUACUACUGAGGUACACAUUCUAUCCGGGGCGUCGAACUUUCAGGAUUUCCUCUUACAUACUGGUACUGCCCUACAUACUACUGAUGAAACCUUUGCCUUUGCAAUGGCCGACUGGAAUGGAGACGGCCGUCCAGAUCUAGUCGCCAUUAAGAAGAGCAACACUGGCACAAAUACCACUGAGGUACACAUUCUAUCCGGAGCAUUGAACUAUCAGGAUUUCCUCUUACAUACUGGUACCGCCCUACAUACUACUGAUGAGACCUUUGCCUUUGCAAUGGCUGACUGGAAUGGAGAUGGCCGUCCAGAUCUAGUUGCCAUUAAGAAGAGCAACACUGGCACAAAUACCACUGAGGAUUUCCUCUUACAUACUGGUACCGCCCUACAUACUACUGAUGAAACCUUUGCCUUUGCAAUGGCCGACUGGGACGGGACUGGACGCCCCGAUCUUUUUGCCGUAAAGAAGCGCAACACAGGCACCAAUAGCACAGAAAUGCACAUAUUCGCUGGUUGA